AUGCACCCUGCGCUUUGCUUAGGAGAGGUAAGUAUCGUUGCUUAUUGGUUUUGGUCCGGGAGGGAAAUUCACCUCUCGGAGGGUUGUUCGGGUCUUUCACCUAGUCCCGGAGGGGAAGUCACCUCUCGGAAUUCGAGUCAGUCUUUUGAUGUGGUCCGGGAGGGAAAUCGCUCCUUCGGAGUUGUCAUUUGGUCUUUUCAAGUGAUCCCGGAGGGGAGCUCGCCUCUCGGAAUUCGAUUACGUCGUUUGAUCUUGCUAGCUCUCAAGAACGUCAAAAAGAGCGGUCAUAUUCCGUGCCGAGAUUCGAAGCUCACGCAUCUACUUGAAAACGCCCUAGGCGGAAAUUCAAACAUUUGCGUCAUCUGCACGCUGUCCGCAGAAGAAGAGCACGCCUCAGAAACAUUGGAGACGCUCAAAUUCGCCGGAACUUGCUCUCAGGUCGAGACACAGGCCAAGAAGAAUAUCCUCUUAUCGUCCGAUAGGGCCCUCAUCAAGGCGAAAGAUAAGGAAAUUGAGGUUCUCAAACGUCGGCUUCAGGUACUCGCAGACGAUCGUCCGACUACCCCACAUCCUGGACAGAUAGCCGAUCUAGCCGACUCGGUCGCCGCUAUGGAGGCGACCUCUAUCGACCCAACGAGGUCAUCCCCGGACCGUGUCCUCCCCGCCGAGAUCGGAUGGGUCGACGGCGGGAUAGCGGAGCUUGCGUGGGCCGAAUCGAUCGCGUCGACAGGAUCACCAGCCGGAACAGGAACAGGAACCAACAAGCGCAGACAGCGUGAUAGAGUGCUGCCGAGUCAUGAGGACAGGUUCCGUCUGGUUUCUCGUUGGACGGAGGAAUGGGAUGGACGAGGUCGUUUGAGUGAGUUUCAUACUCGAUGUGAUGAGAGGUUGAAAAUUAUGAACAUCAAAGGAAAACUCUCAUCGGCAUCUUUCUGGAGACUAUACAACGACCUACUAUCACCUCUCCUAUCUCCUUCAUCCCGUCUCCGGCUCCGUCUCACUCGUUCGAGAAUCCAUCCGACUGCCGGGAUCAGGGUGGGUGUGGUACCGAAAACGAAUCCGCUGGAGGAGGGUCAAACCAGAGUCACAGUCGACGGAUCGGAGCUUUCGAACGCAAGGGACGGAAGUGCGACAGAGGAUGAGACGUCGUUGGAGUUCAUGUCGCAACUCGGACCUCUGCUCCGGAUCGUUUGCGCCGACGAAGAGGGGGGGAACAACACGACGGAUGUCCACCUGGGGGGGGGUCCUUCUCCGGGUGUUGCUCCGUCGGUUGGAACGCGCUUCUGGGGGUCGUCUUUCCCUCGGUCUCGGUUUUGGUCAGCGAGAAACAGGGUGAAAGAGAGAGCGGGUGAGGAGGUAACCUCAACAUGGCGAGGCGUCCUUGCUUAUUGCCCCGCGACAGGAUGCAGGGCGGUUCUGGGCGUGAUGGACGGAGACGGUGUUGGUGUUGGCGUUGGUCCGUCGCACGAUGAGUUAUCCGUGCUAUGUCAACUGCUGUGUGAGGCAGCGAGUGUGUGCACAGUCUUCCCCCUACCCAACCUACCUAAACCCACCAUGACAUACGCCUUUACCCAAACGGUCGAUUUCCUCUCCCGGCUCGUCCGUUUGUCUCGCGGAGAAUCCCUGGACCAAGUCGUCCUCCCGACCGAACAGCUGGAGCCGGAGCCGGACCGCCGCGAUCGUGUGGUAGACAUCUUGUUGGCGGUCUCCUGA